AUGCCGCCUGUACGAUCUGGUAGAGCUUCAAAAGCAUGUGAUCUUUGCCGCAAAUACAAAACUCGCUGUUACGCUUCCAGCAGCUCAAAUGGAACUUGUUUGCGUUGCAAGACCUUAUCUCAACGAUGCUCCUUGGACUUUAACGGCCAUCGACGCUCGAUCUCACCACCCAUACGUGAACAAAUAGACAUUUCACGUCCAGGCUCGGCUGUUCGAGUUCGGAGAAGUUCAGUUGACGAUAGGUUAGAAAGACUUGAGCGGACAGUCAGCGCUUUAGUCGAUAAACUUGACUCGAAACUGGAUGAAAUCGCUGGCUCGUCAAAUCAGAAUAGAUCUUCUGUGGUGGAAGUGCCAGUGCAGGCUGCAGAACUCGACCCUGCUCCGGUAUUUUUAAUACGAGAUGCUGCAACCGAUGCAGGAGUUCACUCGCCCGAGCAAGCAAUUGCACAAACAGGGCCCCAAUCAGACGUUAUCUCAACAGGACUUGUCUCGCUACAAACAGCCCACUCACUAUUAGGACUAUUCCAUGUCCACUAUGGCAGAUGGGUCAGAUUUCCAGAAGACAUCCCAACAGACAGACUCCUCUUACAAGUCCGAAAAUCUCCAUUACUUCUAUGCAGCAUCUUCCUGAUAUCCGUCCGGCACACAAGCCAGAAUCUGGCAGAUCGGCUCGCUCCCAGGCUUUUUGAGGAAUCGAAGCGCCUCAUCACAACAUCGUUACUAGAAGUCCCGCAGACUGAAGAGUUCUUCCAAGCCGUACUCAUACUAAGCCUUUGGUCGACGACUAUAGGCCAAGUUCCCUUGAGUAUAGACAGCUGGCUGCUCACAGGCUAUGCGAUUCAGCAAGCCCUCGCGAGCCCUCACUUCAUGGACGUUAUCCGCCCCGGCUCGUCUCAGCAUACCAGUGAUUCGCUGGACGCUUGGUGUUUGUGGAAUCACCUGUGUGUCGCCCAUCUUCAGUACUGCGUUGGAACUCGCAGACAUUCACUUCUGACUCAAGUACAAGUUGACCAAUGUGUUGAUUUUGUCAAGUCGAAUGAAGUAAACAACUACGAGGCGAGGAUGGGAGCAGAAGUUCAGCUCUACUGGAUUAUCUACAACAAAUGUGGAAUUGCUCAGGUUGACCUUGCGGGAACUAAACUCGCUCUACAGGCAUGGCAACAGGAUUGGAUGGUCCUCUUCCACGAGCCCAGAUCCCAGUUUCUACAAAUGGGCUUCCACUUCGCCCACCUACUGGCUCAUUGCCAGUCUCUCAAAUCACCCAAAUCAGUUAUGCACAGUUCCGUUCUCAAAGAAAUGAUCAAGCAUUCAAAAAUAAUCAUAAAUCUUGCCAUCGACACAACCGACGAUCGGACUCGCCAUUUAACAGAUCACAUAUAUCACAUCCUCAGCUUCUCUGCACUGACUCUGUGUCGAAUCGUUCACACAUACGAGUCCAAACUGCGAGCAACUAAUUAUGACACUAUCGAGCUGGAUAAUAUAGUAUUCAAGCUUAUAAACUGGUUCAAGACCAUUGGGUUGCCUUGUCAUGCUGCCCAUAUUCUAGGCGAUAUUGUCCAUGCACAGUUCCAAAAGCUUCGACCAGAUUUCCAACCUUCAACGCCUCUUGUUUCCGGAGCAUUAUCUGAGAAUCCUGGUGCUUAUUAUAAUUCCGAAGAGUUAUUGUUACCACCAGAUCUCUCUUUCAUGUAUCCGAAUUUUAUAGGUUCAGAGAUGUUUGAUGCGGAUGGCGGAUUGGAGUCUUGGCCAGAAUGGGCCCAGGUUCAUUCAGAUACAGACGCGUCUGUCUAG